GCGGCUCAGCAGCGCCCCCUCGAGGCCAGGGCCCUCCGCAGGCGAGCCGGGCUGCCGUUUCCCUUCUUCGCCCCCGAGCUCCUCCUCCUCCUCCUCCUUCGCAGUACUGCCCAUCAGGGUAGCCGGUACAGCGCCUGCGCCAGUACUUCCUUGCCCCGCCUCCUGCCUAAACCGGAUGUUAAGCGAUUUCCCACAGUGCCGCGCGAGUGGCGGGCAUGAUAGCGGAUUCCGGAGGGUCUCUCACGGCUUCAAGUUGUCAUUGUUCGAGUUGUUCUGGUGUGCCAGGGGGCUGUACGAGGUUGGGGCUUGGUUAGUGCUUUGUCCGCGGCUGCAAUGGCGCUGCUCCGGGGCGUGUGGGGCGUGCUGAGUGCCCUGGGAAAGUCAGGAGCGGACCUCUGCGCGGGCUGUGGAAGUCGACUGCGUUCUCCCUUCAGUUUUGCGUAUGUACCGAGAUGGUAUUCAUCCAACUUGACUGGUUAUCCAAAGAAGCCUAUGACUUCAUACGUUCGAUUUUCUAAAGAACAGCUACCCUUAUUUAAAGCUCAGAACCCAGAUGCGAAAAAUUCAGAACUGAUAAAAAAAAUUGCCGAGCUAUGGAGGGAACUUCCUGAUUCAGAGAAAAAAAUAUAUGAAGAUGCUUACAGGGCAGACUGGCAGGCAUACAAAGAAGAGAUAAAUAGAAUUCAAGAGCAACUAACUCCAAGUCAGGUGGUAUCGUUGGAAAAAGAAAUCAUGCAGAAACGUUUAAAAAAGAAAGCGUUAAUAAAAAAGAGAGAAUUAACAAUGCUUGGAAAACCAAAAAGACCACGCUCAGCUUACAACAUUUUUAUAGCUGAACGCUUCCAGGAAGCUAAGGAUGGUACAUCACAGGUAAAGCUGAAAACUGUAAAUGAAAACUGGAAAAAUCUAUCUAGUUCUCAAAAGCAAGUAUAUAUUCAACUUGCUAAAGAUGAUAAAAUUCGUUAUUAUAAUGAAAUGAAAUCUUGGGAAGAACAAAUGGUUGAAGUUGGACGAGAUGAUCUUAUACGUCGCAAAAUGAAGCACCCAGCAAAAAAAGACACUGAGGAGUAUUAAAAUAGAAGGUUGAGUUAUGUUCAUAAUGGAUAGACACAAGAAACCAAUUAGGUCUCAAUACCUAAAGCUGUUGUAAAAUUAGAAAGGAUAAAGUUGGUAAACAUUUUAUAUUUAAUUUCUUUUUCUUUAGCCCAUGGACUUCUGCCAGCCAGUUCAAUACAUUUUGUAUUGGUAUUUUGCUUUGAAAACCCAAACAGAUGAGAGUUCAUGCGGAAUUUAUUUUGUGUUUAGGAACUACUGAGGAUCAAAAUAAUCGAUGAAAGGUAAAAAGUGAAUCAUUUUACCUUUGAUAAAGGUAAAUCAAACUGUGAGUUUUUUUUUUUUAAUACUUCGAUGACUAUGGAAAGAGUAUUCUUGUUUCCUUAUAUUAUGGAAGCAGGAGUUUCCUGUUCAACAGUGUCUCAAAUUUUGUGGAAGCCAUAGUGUGCUAUGAUACAACUGUGCAUUUUUAAAAGAGUGUCCAGAACUCAUCUUGGUAAAUUCCAAAUCCUAGGUAUAAUUCAUAUUGCAGUCAGAUUUGAUGGUUGUACAUGCGAGGUCGACUGCUGGUGUCAGUUGGAACUUUUAUGAAAGGGAUGGCGAGAUUUAUAAAUCUUUUCCUCAUGGUCUUUUUUCCUAAAGUAAAAACUAAGAAAUUAUGCACCAAAUCUAUUUUGCAGCUUUCUGUCUUUUUUUUUAAAGUAAGAUUUGUAUGCUGAAUAAUUUUCUCUCUCGUGAGUAUAUUUAUCCAGAAAGUAGAGAACUUGUCUGGUAUAAGCUUUAAAAUGAGAGAGAUAAAAAAACAAGUCUCCAAAAUCUCUAGACUUGGAACCUGUAAUUUUUAAACAUGUUGCGUAACCUAUAAAAGUCUAAAAAGGACAGCCAGCUCUGGCCUGUUGGCCGAAUCCAGCCUGCUUCUCAUGGCCUUGUGAGCUAAGAACUGUGUUUAUAUUUUAAAUGGUUAAAAAAAAAAGAAUAUUUCAAGAUGUAAAAAUUAACGUGAAAAUUCAGUUUCCAUAAGUAAAAUUUUACUAGAGCAAAGCCAUACCAAAUCCUUUACUUAUUGUUUAUGGCUGCUUUUGUGCAACAGUGACAGAGUUGACUACUUGCUACAGAGCUGCGUAGCCUGCAAAUGCUGAUCCAUAUAGUGUGGAAUGAGAUUCUCUUAAAUUGUUUGCUGUGGCUUGGUAAAAUGAACCAUUAGAGAUUGCCGGUUAGCACAUAAACCUCAUCAUAUUUUAGCAUUUGUUUAUCAUUUUAGGAGAGUCAAAGCAAAGGUUUGUAAAAUCCACACCACCUUUUUGAGUUAAAUAAUUCAACUGUCAUCAUCAGUUCACAAAAAUAGGAUAACUCAAAAUUUAUAUGUACUUUAUAUUAUGCAAAAGAUUACACAAAAAAUUAUAUAUCCUGGAUCUCCAGAAACAAGCGAAGAUUUUUGUUGUUUUUGGAUAGAAAAUAACUAAAAAGUCACAAAAAAUGACUUUUUAUAUACUGAACUUGAUAAAGGUAGGGACUGUAAAGAAAAAUACAACUUAAGAGGAAACAUAAGAUUUAAAUAUAUAGAGUUGAGUGUUUUCAAACAACUUUCCCUGUGGUUAGGAAUACAGGAUGGAGUCUGUCAUUAGGUAAAUAGACACCAGGGGUCUGAGGCUAGACUAUUUUUGGGGGGAGGAUUUAGGGAAGAAAAGAUGUGUGCUAGUGUCUGUCACAAGUUUUUCUCAGGUUUCCAGGAGAGAAUUAAGCUGUAUUCCCUGUGGCAUCUAGAAUAGUGCUGAUUUUGUCCUUAGGAAAAUGGAGAAAAUAAUCACUCGAAUCAUUUACUGUGCUUUACGCUUCAGUUAUCAUAAGCCCAGGAGCCAGUGUUUGUAAUGAAUAUUAUAGAAUGGGUGAAGUAGAAAAAUGAAUUAUGUAAACACCUGUAGGACAAAUGUAGUAUAAAACAUGACUUUGCAAUUACCUUCUGAGCUCUUUUGGUACUUUAUAGUGAACGUAUUCAAAUCAUGUCUUCCCAAGUAUAUUGUGGAAUUCAGUGUCUAGUAAGUUCUCAAGUAUUUACAUCUUAAUAUGGUGAAAAGAGCUAGAGCAAAACCAUUUUAUGAUAAUAUUUGGGUUUCUAUGUUUCUAAAAAAAAUUGUUAAUGCUUCAAAUAUUAGGAUAACCUGAUUUUACACCUUAAUAAAAUUUAGUACAUGUUGAAGACUGGCAUGCCAUAUAUCAAAUAUACACAAGUUUUCUAUUGUUACAAAGAGUAAGAAUUUACAUCAAAAACCAUUGGCCAGUCAUAUAAAUUCUUAAUUUUAAGGCUUUUAAGUUGACGCAACAAAGUAAUUGCUGUAAGAGGUAAAGAAGAGUGCCACGAGAAGGGAUGCUGAAGAAGUGAAAGUGGUGUUUAUGGUGUCUGAGCGGUUGGUCAUAAAGAGAUGUUUAUACUUUGGCUCAUUAGCAUACCAAUAUUAGAUUUUUUGGAAUAAUUUGAUGACGGACAGGGCGUGUGUAAUGAUUUUACUUUCUGAUUUUUAUUUAAUGAAUAUUGUGUGCAAAUUCAGCCUACUGUAAUCAUGUAAUUUUGCUAUUGCUUUUGGCUAACUCCUUUUUUUACAAGUUUUUUAAACAGUCCCUGUGAAUGUGUGUAUUUAAAUUUCUGAAUUAAAAUGAUACUACUUACAAGUGUAGUU